CGGAUCACACAUGUGGGGGAAACGAUGGCUAGUGGAGAUAUGUGGAGUGUGCUGGAGGAGUGUGUGAAGAAAAUAAAUGACAACACGGCACAACCAGAGAACUUUCUGAGCCUUCAGGAUGGAGUGGCAUCAGACUUCACCUCUCUCACUAAAACUCUGUACGACCUCCACAAAGCUCAGGAGUCUGCAGGUUAUAAAGGCAGCCUGUUGGCACAGCUGGUGGUGGAAAACUUUGAUGAAGAACAGAUCUGGCAGGAACUGGAGCUGCAGAACAAUGCUGUGCUGAAACACUUUAAAAGCGCCAUAGAUGAGGCUUUGUCAGAUGAGACAUUAACGGUGCUGGUAGAGGAGGAGGAUGGCGAUGAGGCGGAGGUAGAGACUGAUGAUGAAAAUGUCGAUGAUGAAGAAGAAGAAGAAAUGGAGGAAGACCAACCGCGCAGACAGUCUAAGAAAAUGACUGUGGAGGCUGAAGAUGGGGCAGAGGAUUAUACAGAUGAGGACUCUGAUUUAGAUUUUGACGUGGAUGCUCUGGAGAAGCGAGAGAAACAGAAGAAAGAGACCAGAAGCAAUGCCUCCAAAACAAAGGUUGUUCCUUCUGAGGUUGAUGAUAAGUUCUUCAAACUGUCAGAGAUGGAGUCGUUUCUUGAUGAUAUGGACAAGCGAGAGGGAAAGGAGAAUGAGGAUGAAGAUGCCAUAGACUAUUUUCAGGACGUGCCCUCUGAUGAGGAUGAUGAUCUUGACCUAGAUCAGAUCAUGUCUACAAAAAAGCAAAGGAAAAAAACUGCAAAGAGCUCCAGGAAUCUUAAGUACAAGGACUUCUUUGAUGCUGUAGAUAGUGAACCAUCUAAAGCAGAUGACCAUUCAGAUGGUGCAGAUGACAGCAUGGAUGAAAGCCAGGAGGAAGGUGAAGAAGAAAUAGAUGACGAAGAUGAUGAUCAUGAUGGUGAAGAGGAGGAUGACGAUGAGGAUGAAGAGCGAAGUCACUCUAAAGCAUCUCAUAAGAAAGUGACCUUUAACCUCUCUGGGGAUGAGGAGAGCGAAGGAGAGGACAUGGAGGACAUUUUUGGAGGAAAAGCUUCAAGCUCAGCAAAGUCUGAGUCAAAGUCAUCAUUUGAGAAACGACAAGAAAAGAUGUCACAAAAGAUCGAGGAGUUGGAGAAAGCAGCUCUUGCAGAGAAGCCCUGGCAGUUGUCUGGAGAGGUGACAGCGCAGACUCGUCCAGAGAACAGCAUGCUGGAGGAAGAUGUGGAGUUUGAGCAGACAUCCAGGAUGGCCCCUUCUAUCACAGAGGAAACCACACUACAGCUUGAAGACAUCAUCAAACAGAGAAUUAAAGACCAGGCGUUUGAUGAUGUGGUCCGCAAGGAGAAACCCAAAGAGGAGGUGUUUGAGUACAAGAAGAGGCUAACGUUGGACCAUGAGAAGAGCAAACAGAGUCUAGCAGAAAUCUAUGAGCAAGAAUACCUCAAGCAGACUCAGCAAAAGACAGAGGAGGAGAACACAGCCCAUGUGGAAAUUCAAAAGCUUAUGGACACACUCUUCCUAAAGUUGGACGCUCUCUCCAACUUCCACUUCACACCUAAACCGCCUGUUCCUGAGGUCAAAGUGGUGUCUAACUUGCCAUCCAUUACAAUGGAGGAGGUGGCUCCAGUCAGCGCUAGCAAUGCAACACUGCUUGCACCAGAAGAAAUCAAGGAGAAGAACAAAGCAGGAGAUAUAAUGGGUAACGGUGAGAAGACGUCAACAGACAAGAAGCGCGAGAGACGCCACAAGAAGAAGGUGAAGCGUUUAAAGAUCAAGGAGAAAGAAAGGAAACAGAAACUUAAAGAGGCCAGUAAAACUGGAGAGAACAAAAAGCCGUCAAAGGCUGAAGUCACAGAAAACCUCAAGAAACUCACAAAAGGAGGCAAAGCUACAGUACUCAAGGAUGAGGGAAAGGACAAGGCUCUGCGAUCCUCUCAAGCCUUCUUUUCUCAGCUGCAGGACCAGGUCAAAAGUCAGAUCAAAAGUGACAAGGGCCAGUCUUCAAAGAAGAAGAAGCAUAAAGAAGUUUCUGUCAGCAAACUCAAAUUAUAAUAACUGUGAUGGUUUGAUGUGUAAGAUCAGCUUUUUAUUGUACAGAUUCUUUUUUAUGAGAAAGCAGAAAUAUAUGAAAUCUGAACGUCCUUGUAAAAUGUUUCCAUUUUCAUUACAAUAAAUCAAGUGCUCAGA